CGCAACGAAACAAUACAAAACAUGUGAAUAGAAUACGUGAUUCUAUUCAAUUCAUCAUACAUUAAAAUAUCAUCGUUAUCAUAUCAUUCCAGCGUCACUCUGAUUGAGAGUGAAGAAGGUGGGAGAUGGAGAAGCCACAAAACGGAGAAGAAAAGGAAGAAACCACGGCCUCUUUCUGCGGUUACGAUUCUCUUCACCGUCUUCUCAAGGAUAAUCUUAACCCCCAUCACUUCCAGGAAGUCAGCCGUUUGCUUACUGGGCUUAAUUGUGGAAAAGCACUUGAAGCAGUUUCUCUCCCAGAAUCUGCAACUUCCCUCUCUGCGGAACAUGGUUUUGACAUCCAGGCCUUUUCCUUUUGUGCUGACAAGGAACUAUUAAGAGAACCUCGGAUAGUGAGAGUUGGUUUGAUUCAGAACUCUAUUGUCCUUCCAACCACUGCUCAUUUUGCGGACCAAAAGAAGGCUAUCUUUGAGAAACUAAAGCCAAUAAUUGAAGCUGCUGGUUCUUCUGGAGUCAACGUAUUAUGCUUGCAAGAAGCAUGGAUGAUGCCAUUUGCCUUCUGCACAAGAGAGAAGAGAUGGUGUGAAUUUGCUGAACCUGUUGAUGGGGAAUCAACAAAAUUUUUGCAAAGCUUUGCACUGAAAUAUAACAUGGUGAUUGUAAGUCCAAUUCUUGAAAGGGAUAUUAACCAUGGAGAGGUUAUAUGGAACACUGCCGUUGUAAUUGGAAAUCAUGGCAAUAUAAUUGGGAAACACAGGAAGAACCAUAUACCAAGAGUUGGAGACUUCAAUGAGAGCACAUAUUAUAUGGAAGGAAACACCGGCCACCCUGUAUUUGAAACAGCAUUUGGAAAAAUUGCCAUUAAUAUAUGUUAUGGUAGGCACCAUCCUUUAAAUUGGUUAGCCUUUGGCUUGAAUGGUGCAGAGAUUGUUUUCAACCCUUCUGCCACUGUUGGUGAACUAAGUGAACCAAUGUGGCCAAUAGAGGCACGUAAUGCUGCAAUAGCUAAUAGUUACUUUGUUGCUUCAAUCAACCGUGUUGGAACUGAGACAUUCCCCAAUCAAUUUACUUCUGGCGAUGGAAAGCCGGCACAUGCAGAUUUCGGGCACUUCUAUGGAUCCAGUUAUGUUUCAGCACCUGAUGCAUCGUGCACGCCAUCUCUAUCCCGCAAUAGGGACGGCUUGUUAGUAACAGACAUGGAUCUUAACCUGUGCAGGCAGGUGAAAGACAAGUGGGGUUUCAGAAUGACUUCACGGUACGAGUUAUAUGCCGACACACUCGCCCGCUAUGUGAAACCAGACUUUGAGCCACAAGUCACCAGUGACCCCUUGUUGCAUAGGAAGUCCUUGUGAACUAUGCUCUCAAGUGUUGGUGUUAAUAUGUGUUCAUUGCUUGUGGUUCAGAUUCUGGUCUGUCGUGGGAUGGCCAGUGGAAACAACCUUAAAUAAAGUUCUUUCAUGUUGAGUACAUGUUCAUGUAUUAAAUUCUGUUGUCAAUGGUUCACCGUCAUGGUUGGUUGAUUUGGUCCCAUUUUACAUGGGAGAAAUAAUUAUUUUUGUUUUCAAAGGCUGUUUAAGAAAACUGUAAAAGUAUUCUUUUAAAGAAUGCAGUUAAAAUUACACUGUGAUUCUAUCUUAUAAAUUAAACUCUUUUAUUUUUUUUA